AUGGGCGAGCCCUUGAAAUUCACCGACUUCUCAGACACAGACAGCACGCCAUUGAUAGCAAAGAGCAGACAAGAUGAAGAUAAUCCGUUUUUAGACCCAGUCGUCGCAAAACGCUACAUGACCCUAUAUGAAAAGGUAGGAUACGAAUGCCGACACGUCUUUGAUCCAACGCUAGAAUGGAGUUCCAACGAGGAGAAACGGCUCGUCCGAAAACUGGACCGGCGUGUGUGUUUAUGGGCUUGUAUUAUGUUCUUCGGGCUACAGGUCGAUCGGGGCAAUAUUGUCCAGGCUGUUUCGGAUAAUAUGUUGGACGACCUCCAUCUGACCACGAAUGAUUAUAAUCUCGGAUACACGGUCUUUUUGAUGGCAUUUCUUUUAUCGGAGCUUCCCUCGCAGUUGGUUUCAAAGAAACUGGGCCCGGACCGUUGGAUCCCCCUGCAGAUGACGCUAUGGUCGGUCGUGGCCAUGUCUCAGGCUGCAUUGCAGGGCAAAUAUUCCUUUCUCGCUACGCGUGCUCUAUUGGGGAUCCUCGAAGGCGGCUUUAUACCAGUCAUUGUACUUUGGCUAUCCUAUUUUUAUACGAGUCGAGAACUUCCAACACGGCUGAGUUUAUUUUGGACGACUCUCUCGCUAACCAAAAUUGUUACGUCUCUGUUGGCAUUUGCCCUGUUGCACAUGCGCGGCAUAUACGGCUGGGCGGGAUGGAGAUGGCUCUUUCUUAUUGAAGGAUUCAUCACCCUACUGAUUGGACUCGUCUCGUUCUUCAAAAUGCCGGCGUCUGCCGUGGAAACCAAGGCCUGGUUUAGACCGCAAGGAUGGUUCAAUGACCGCGAAGUACGCAUUGUUGUGAAUCGUGUUCUUCGUGAUGAUCCUUCGAAGGGGGAUACACAUAAUCGACAGGCAUUGACACUCAAUAGCUUAUGGAAGGCAGUUAGGGAUUACGACCUCUGGCCUAUUUACAUCCUGGGAAUGAUCGUUUAUACCCCCAUGGUUCCAGUGUCAUCGUAUAUCACCCUAACACUGAAAGGUGUUGGAUUCGACACGUUUGUGACAAAUCUUCUCACCAUACCGUAUAAUAUCGCCCAUAUUGUCUUCCUGAUGGGUUUGACCUGGCUGAGCGAACGACUCAACGAACGGACCUUUGUCUGCAUCAUCCAGAACAUCUGGACACUUCCCUGUCUGAUCGCUCUGCGCUUCUGGCCAGGAACAGGAAGCAUGACGGCAGACCCCAGGGGGACCUAUAUCCUGGUCACCGUCCUGUUGAGCUAUCCCUACUGCAACGCCAUCAUGGCCGGUUGGGUCUCGAAAAACUCAAACAACGUCGAUACCCGGAGUGUAUCUGCAGCGUUGUAUAACAUGUGUGUGCAACUUGGAAAUGUCAUCGGCAACAAUAUUUACCGUGCAGAUGAUCGACCCGAGUACCGUCGAGGAAACUCGAUCCUGUUGGCAAUGAACAUCCUGGCCCUACUAGGCUACUUUGCUACCAAGGCAUAUUAUCUCUCAAGGAAUAAAUCCCGUGACCGGAAAUGGGCGAUGAUGACGGACGAUCAACGGCAGGAAUAUCUCGACACCACAACCGACACGGGCAGCAAGAGGCUGGACUUUCGCUUUGCUCAUUAG